ACCGACAGGAGAAAAUACCAGAAAGUCGACUUUACCUAACUGUAUUGAAUAUGGCAAUACAUUUCUUAUUGAUCUGUUGGAUGUUGUGACAGUCCUGAGUCAAGCCGAGGGUGGAUUUAAGCUCCUAUAAGUUUAUUUCCCCGGUGUUAAAACUCGUAAAGACAGUCUAUGGUUAUUUGUUAGACACAGUGAAGAUAUUUUUUAACUAUUUAUUUUUUAUUGUGAAACACACUAUCUGAUUUAUUAUCUGUAUGUAAAAUAUCUCGCAGCUACUGUUGAGUACGAUAGUCAUUUAUUCUACGGAUUAUCAGGCCAGUAAAGCUGUUGGAAAGAAGUGUAUCUUCACCUAAUGUAUAUCUUUCAUUAGAACUUCAAAAGCUUUGAACAGUUAGUGUUAGUCAAGCAAAGGGAUUAUACACUGAGUCAGAGAGUUUACCUGAAGGAAUUCAGCAGUAAUAGUAUAGUCAUGUCUGAUCAAGAUACUACAAAUACAGCCUUACCCAAACCACCACCUCCCAUUGUUGGCAAAGUAACACAUUUUAGUAUAGAGUUGUAUUGGGAUGAAGCAUUAUCACAGGCGGUUGCAUCUAUACCAAAAGCUGAUGGAAAACUUCGAUCAUGUUUACAAGAACAAGACAAACAUAAUGCGUGGGGGAAUAUUUACACGGGUUAUGGUAAAAGACACACAGUAACAGGAUUAGAGCCUCUAACAUCAUAUCGGUAUAGAUUACGAUUUUUAAAUGAUAAAGGCAUUGGAGAAUGGAGUCCCCAUGUUGUUGUAGCUACCACAAAAGAACCAUUAAAUGGUGAACAUUUACAUAGAGCAAUAUUAUUACAUGAUGUACCUGGUUUACAGAAAAUUAUAGAUACAGGGGAAGUUAAUAUUGAUGUACCUGAUAAAUUUGGUUUUUCUGGUUUAAUGCAAGCAGCACAAAAAGGUUUCACAGAUGUUGUUGAAGUUUUGAUAGAAAAUGGUGCUGAUGUUCACUCACAGAAUGAUGCUGGUAAAACACCAUUAAUGUUAGCGUGUUUUGCUGGUAAAUUAGAAGUUGUACAGUUAUUGCGAUCACAUGGUGCUAGGUAUACAGACUUUGACAAAGGUGGCUCUACAGCUGUACACUGGGCAGUUGAUGGUGGUAACACAAAACUAUUAGAGUGGAUAGUAUCUGACGGUGGCGACAUCAAUAUCAAGGACAAUAACUCUGGUUGGACUCCUUUAUUAAGAUGUGCUUCAGUAGGAGGGAAUCGAGAUACAGGAUUAACUUUAUUAAUGAAUGGUGCCGAUAUCAAUGCUCAAGAUAGGGAUGGAAAGACAACGCUGAUGAUUGCAAUAAUUAAUGGAAACAACGCCUUAUUAGAACUAUUAUUACAAAGACGGGCUGAUAUAGGAGUGAAAAAUGAGUAUGGUAAAACAGCCUACGAAAUGGCCAUAUCUAUGGAGAAACGGAAAAUUAUAAAGACAUUGGAUGACUACAUAGAAAAACACAAUAUAAAGACGUAGUUGAUAGAAGAAGGCUGUAUAUAAUUUUAUUUCAUUUAAAUCUGGUCAUACCAACAAAGAGCUGUGAAAUAUUCAGAAAUUCCAGGAGGAAAAUCAUUCAUUCCAUUAAUGCAUCAUAUUUUUGAAACCUCAGAAAACAUUUGGUACAAUUGGAAAAAAAUACAGUUUGUUGUACAUUACAUCUUGAAAUUUACUUUUUGAGAUCGUGUGAAUCCUAGACCUGCGUUUUGUUGACUUACAGAAUUUUUUGUCUCAUGUAAAAUUAGAUUUAAUCUAAUAGUAUGAUUGUUAUAUUUUAUUUAUAUUUUAAUGUCUGUACACUUCCUGGAAACAUUCUUAAUUAGAAAAUGUUUAUCUUCAUAAAAUGACAUGCUUGGCAUUGUUAUAAUACAUAUCAUAAGUUUAGAUAUACUGGAUGUGAAAAUUGUUGAUUUGGGGUAAUAUUAUUGGCAGUAGAGCACAAAUUGCUACAUGUAAGAAUUGAGGUAGUCAAUUAAUAUUUAUAUAAUGUCAUUUUAUAAUAGUUAACAUUUUUUGAAGUGGUGUAAAGAUAUUCCAUUUGGAGCUCAGAAUGGAUUAAAUAAAGAGAAUAAGAUAAUUUGAAAGAUUCAUCUUGUACAUUCCUAUUUAAAGAUAUAAUAUUUCCUUGACUGUAGGGAACCUCAGUAUAUAACCAUUGAUAGAAAAUCAUAUUAAAACUGCUGGUGAAAUAUAUGUUACCAAAAACGUUACAGCUUUCAAAACACUUUAAGGAAAUAUGGGACUAUAUAUUUCAUUGUGUUAUUAUUAUUUUGUUAAUAUUAUAUUAUAGACAUCAUAUUGUUUAAUUUGUUUUGUAUUAUUAUAUUCCAUAUACAUGUAUUGUAUUUUAUUGUUGAUAAUUCUUCUAAAAAUUGUUUUCACUGUAAAACAUUAUAAAUAUAUGUUUACAUAUACGGUAUUCAAAUCAAUACAAAUAGUUAAUAAAACACUAUUUACAAUACCAUAUUUAGACCACUAAAUAAUGACAUCAUUCUUGUUCUAUUAUCGAAGACGUUGAUAAUCCUGGCAUCUGAUUUUUCCCCACUUAUUAUUAUAUUGGUUUUUUUGAGUGACAAUGAGUUUUGAAAUAUUACAGUUUCACCACUCCAAGACCGUACUUUAUAUUACAUGUAUUUUAUGGAACAAAAAUAUCUAUUGAAAUGAAUGUGACUUGCUACAAGUCAGAUUUAUUAUAAAACAUACUAUUUCUUUCCCAUUUCAUGUUUAAUGGGAUGUAAACCAAAAAUACUUAUACUCAAAGAAUUUGAUUCUGAAAUAUUUGGCUUAAAAAUUAUAUGGAAAUUUAACUGUGCAAAUUUAAAACCAUAAAAUUUACUAUUUGAAUCAAAAAGAAUUAGUGGUCACAUCGAAUGAUGAUUUCAGUAUUCAAGUACUUUAGUCAUUUUACAAAUGGUAAUCGAGUAUUCAAUUCAGUUUAAAUGAUCAAUGUUGGGCAUUGGUUCAUAUUUCUAGAGAUUGUGAAUAUCUCAGAUAAAUAGAUUUUCCAUAUCUCCUUAUUUAUUUUUGAAUAUUAUUUGAUUUUAUUGAAUUAUACUAUUAAAUAUAUCAUGUCAUGUAAGAAAUACAAAAAAAAAUCUGAUCACAUUCCAUUAGUUUUAAUUGACAUCGAAUAACGAAUACCAAAAAAAUGGUUCAAAUAGCCUUGAAAAACUAUUUCAAUGGAAUAUUCAAAUGUUUAUGUGUGCAUUUGAAGUAUUCAAAAAUAACUACUUAGAAUUAGAUAUAUACAUUUUGAUUCAAACUUUAAAGCAAGGUUAAAAUUUUGUGUAAUGCUAACCCCUGUCUUCGCUCCUAUACUUUAUUAACCCAAUGGCAAUCUGCUUUCAACUUUAAUCCUUUUAUCGAGAAAUUGUGUUUUAUAUGGUCCAUGUUAUUAAAGCUCUGUAAGUAUCAUGGUUAUUCAACAACCAGUCAGCAGUAAAACAAAAUUAUGGACGCAUGAAUGCGUACCAUUUAUGAGAUGUACCUUGUGACUGUAGUUCCUAUGAAAUAUUUCUACACAGUGGGGUAAACAAAAAUAUUCUUGAAGUUAGGCCAAAGCAUUUUGAGAUCUUGUUGUGAUUACCUUGUGGUCGUUUAGGAGUAAAAACGUUUGCUGGCAGUUUGUUAAAUAAAUAAUCAGGCCUAUAUAUGUAAAUAUUUUAACAUAUACUUUAAUAGCUUAUAUAAAAAUGUUGUUGUAACAGUAUGUUUAUUGUUUUAACAUAAUGUUUUGUCCAUCCACUAAAUAUUCCGUCCAAGAAAUAACUUUUCUUAUAGAUAUUAAUGUGGUUCCAAUAAUUAUCCAUAUCUUUAAUCUAUUACCAUUAUUUGGGUACUACAUGUAUGUAUAAACAGACAAGAAUAUAGUUGAUUUACAUUCGGUGUAGAUAUCUCUAGUAGUUAUCAAUAUUCAUUUAUCAUUGUGAAAAGUUUCAGUUGAAUUUCUUUUUUUAUUUGUAUAACAGCUGUGUUUAUAUUUUUUAAAUUAAGUAUAAUAUGAAUAUGUUUGUUGAAUCUACAUAAUAAAAAAUCCUCAUUGUUCUGUAGUAUUAGUAGUACAUCGCUUAACAUCUGCUGCCACAAUAUCACAGACAAGUUGGAGAAGUCGAAACUGGAUCUUGUGUAUUAGAAUAAGAUUUUGCAAUCUUUCCAUAGUCUAUGACUAUGGAGUGGUUUAGUGGGAAUUUCUUCCCUUUACUAUAUGAAAUAAACAUAUGCGUUAAGUAGUGAUGGAUCAUCAGUAUCAUUCUGUAUCUAAUGGUAAUUAAUGGUGUUAUUUUAUACAUGAAAAUUAGAAAACACAUAGAUUAAACAAUAAGACUGCACUCUUAAACCAUGAAUCAGAAAACAACAAAAAUUUUGGCAGGAUUAAUGGCACUGUUGAUGGGAAGUGUAUAUUUACAGAUUUUAAGCAGAAAAUGCUGAUCACAUCAGAUCGUCAUAUUGUGUUGUAGUGACAAUUCGCAAGAGGCAAUUUCCAACUUCUUCUGGCCCCAGACUCUCUAAAUUGAGCUUGGUGAGGGGGGGGGGGGGGAGGGAUAGUCCAAACCUCUACUCUGGAUCUGUGCCCAUAUAGGCAUAUUAAUAGUGGCCUAUCCUGAAUGGUAGGGGACAAAAUAAUGCCCAAGGCAAAAACUACCACCAAAUAUACUUUAUUCUUAACUGUUAAAAACACUGUUAUUGUUAUACAUGUCUGGUGUACAUAUAUAAAUGAUAAUAAUACAUUAUUUACAUAUAGCUAAAUGAUUAUAUAUAGGUCAAAGUUGAAAGGUUGUUCUAAUCUUAUUCAUGACUACCAGUAGUAGGUUACUCCUUGUAAAUGCCUGACAUACAUGUAGAUAUAAAGAUAAGUAUUGUUAAAAUGUUGAAGUUUGUGUUAUUAUGUUUGAUUAUUUUGUGUUUAAUACAAAAUGUUAAUAGCUUAGAGAUAAAGGGUACUUAUCAUACCUGGUUAAUAACUCUACCAUUACCUACAGAUAUAGUUAAACAUAUGUUACCAGUUGGUGUGAGUCUUGUUACACCAACAGGAUUCAGUCUUCCACCAGGCACCCAUCCCAUCAUGUUAGAACUUGGCAGAGAACUCAACUGUGGUCCUGUCAUCUUUAAAUUCCUUCAAACCAACUUUAUGGAGGCGAAA